AUGCGCUCUUGGCAACUCAAAAUCGAGUUUAGCUUCCUAUCCUAUCCUACCUAUCCUACCUCUCCAGGUCCAACCUCCUCAAGACCUCGCCACGCCACCGAUAGUAACCAUCUCCGUGCACGCACGGUAUUCCUUCCCAUCGCGCCGCCAGCACUGCCGUCGCGUCGCAGGUCUCCUCCAGCAGCACCCACGACCCACGUCCACAGCCGCGCCAUCAUCGACAGAGCCAAGAUAGGUACCGUGACCUUUUGCGUCGAGCUUCACUCUCCUCGGCGUGCCCAAUUACCCGAGGCUGAGGAUGUGGCCACUCAAGGGCUGUCACAAUACGGCACAGCACGCAGCCUAUUUCAACUCCAAGCCAAUGAUCGGCGCCUACUCGGUGUAUCCAUCGAGUAUGGGCUCAUAAACGGAUGGGCGUGUAGUGCGUGGUAUAACUGCUCCGAUGUCCUCCCUCGGCCCUCUGGGACUUUCCCGCUGCCUCUGCUCAGCUGUGCGAACGGUACUCGACGUCGACGGAGAGAUUCUGACGAGAUGGAGCACCAACAAGAUUUCCAAACACCGCAGCAGCAGCCCACGGGCCCUGCCGCGGUCGAUAUCAGUCAGCAUUAUAAUGGGGGUACCGGCUGGUUCAAAGGUCUUCACUACCAAAACCCAACCCUACGUGAUGUCGAGAAGAACGGGCCUCUUGCCCCGGCUGAGCAAUAUUUCCAUCGAGAUGUCCUGAAGCGAGAAACCUACCGGCCACGAGAUUUGGCUCGCUACAUCAGCCCUACCUUCGGGAAGCCAUACCACAUGCUGGUCCAGGCUGCUGACGGCCCGAACACCCAGCCACCGGGAGAAUGGCGCCGUCGAAGUGUUGGUGGAAACGCACCGACUCUGUUGAAGGUAGCUUCUUGGGCCAUCGGCAUGGAAACGAACCAUGACAAGAUUGAAAGUAUCGCUUUGGCCGUGGGAAAAUCGAUCCUCGCUGUGCCGGCCAUCCUGCUCCUCGUCUCAUGGCCACUCAGUAACGGCCCGGGCGCUGCGAGGUCGCAGUACUUGGGCUUCCCCAACCGAUGCUACGAGUAUCCCAAACAUGCACUCAACGCUCUCGAUGCGGCACCAAAUGUCUCGACAAAAGUCAAGGGCCAGCAAUCGAAUGACAGCGACAAAGAGUACGAAAUCCAGGGAGAGCAGAAGCGGCUCAUCCGACCCCGUGCCUUGGUUGUCUACCGGGAAGGUAGGUGGCAAGUCGUCGACAAUGGUAGCUAUACGGGCCUCUAUAUCUUCAUUAGCUUUGCCGCAGCCCAAUACCAACGCCCCGAUCCCACGUCGGAAGAACCGGAUGCCACGACCUUGGACUCCCAGACCCUUGACUUCCGCGCCCGAAGACUCUGCGAGCAACUCGGUGUGGAGGCCUACUGGUGCGACUACCACUGCCGUGCCGUAGACCAACCGGAAGCUACCGAUGAUGUCCAUCGCUUCUGUGAUGUCGUGAGAGGCGCGCACCAAAUCUGCAUCGUCUUGCCGGAUGCGUCCCCGAGUGCGCUCAUCUUCUUUGGUCAGAGACUUUGGUGCUUGCCUGAGGUUCUCUUGUCUCGCAAUCACAAGGUGAUGCUCUGUACACCUGGACCCCAGAGUCUCCAAAACGUGGACGCGACUGAGACGGUCGAUAUCAUGGAGAUGGUCCAUCGCGGUUGGGCCUACCGAACUCUCCCCGACCAGCGGAUUGAGCACGAUCCCCACAUCGAAGAAACAUUCCGCCUUCUGGCCGAGCACUACACGGGAACCUUGACGCUGUCCCGCCUUGAGCUCAUCCAGAUCGGCCUCACCGCCCUGCGCUCCCGGCAGUGGAGAGAGUUCCAGCGUGGCGAUGUUGCCUACGCUCUCAUGACCCUCUUGGCCAAGCGACCGCGGAUGGACCCCUCGGAUUCCGAACUGCAAGCCCUCGCCCGUCUCUCGCUCGCCAACGACAGCGAUCGGAUCGUCGAGCGCAUGAUCUGUAUGGAUCAGGCCAGGAUGCCCGGCCACGUCGGCUGGUUCAACACGUCCGACGACCUCGGGGCCAGUCUCUGGGACAUUGAGCCACUGUGCCAGGUUGCAGGCGUAUGCCACGACGGGUCGUUGAUCGUCGACGGCUGCCACGGGAUCAGCAUCCGCUGGAAAGACAUCCCCCGGAUCGCGUUCCGGGUCCGGGACACGUGGAAGAAGCUGUGGGCCUUGUACGCGAUCCGCACUGGUCCCCUCUGGUUCAUCAUCGGCGCCGUGUUUUGCGCGUACCCGUCCUUGCGCGGCAUCGGCGCGAUCCUGCUCGUGAUCGGUAUCCUGCUCCUGGUCACGUCGCCGUGGGCCAUCACCGUCCUCUACGGCGGCAAAGUCUGGGGCGCGACGCCGUGGCUGGUCGGCUUCGAGGGGACGCUCCCGCUCGAGGAGAUCGAGCACAUGACCUUCGGGAACAGCAUCGGCCGCUUCUCCUACACCCCAAGCAGCGGCCCGUACUGCUCGAAGAUGCUCCACGAACGGAUGGGCGCCGAUCCCCGUGUCAACUUUGUCCGUCUGCCCCCGGGACACCGCCUCUUUACCCUGAUCGAUACCGGAACGAUGACCGUCACCGUCUUCGCGGCUGCGCGGCCGCCUUCGGUGGCCCUGCUGUGCGGCAAGGAAGGCGGCAUGCUCAGAGCAGUGCUCUGUUCCUACGAGAGGGCGACCAACUCGCUUCAGAAAGAGUGUGUGCUGCGGAUGGAGACCCCGAUGUGGGACCAGAGCGUGCUGAUGGGCUGGACGAAGCUUACCUGA